CCUGGAUUUACCGUUCUUGGCCCCUCUCAGCCCCCCCGUGCGGGGGGCGGCCGUGAUCGCUCUGGCGCUUGGAGGUCGGGGAGCGGCCCGGGCUCUGGCCAUGUUCUCGGAUGAGGAUUUCUGGAUCGCCCUGUGAAGAGGUCUCCCCGAGAGGGCCGAGCCCAGUCGGAGAGAGGGAUGGACAGCCAGAAGCCGCCUGGUGAGGAUAAAGAUUCAGAACCAGCGGCUGAUGGACCUACAGCCUCCGAGGAGUCAGGCACCACUGAGCCAGACCUUCCCAACCCGCAUGUGGGGGAGGUUUCUGUGCCCGGUUCAGGGGGUUUCAGACUUCAGGAUUCCCCCCAGGCCUGCAGUGGGGGUCUGGCGAGGCGCUGUGCUCUCUGUAACUGCGGGGAGCCCAGUCUCCAUGGACAGCGGGAGCUACGGCGCUUUGAGUUGCCAUUUGACUGGCCCCGGUGUCCAGUGGGGUCCCCUGGAGGAAACGCAGCGCCCAGAGAGGCACCGCUGCCCGGUGAGGACCUGUCGCAGAUUGGUUUCCCCGAGGGCCUGACACCGGCCCAUCUAGGAGAACCUGGAGGGUUCUGCUGGGCUCACCAUUGGUGUGCUGCGUGGUCGGCAGGUGUAUGGGGGCACCAGGGCCCAGAACUAUGUGGUGUGGACAAGGCCAUCUUCUCAGGGAUCUCACAGCGCUGCUCCCACUGCACCAGGCUCGGCGCCUCCAUCCCUUGCCGCUCCCCCGGAUGUCCACGGCUUUACCACUUUCCCUGUGCAACUGCCAGCGGUUCCUUCUUAUCCAUGAAAACACUGCAGCUGCUAUGCCCGGAGCACAGCGAGGGGGCUGCACAUCUGGAGGAAGCUCGCUGUGCAGUGUGUGAGGGCCCAGGGGAACUGUGUGACCUGUUCUUCUGUACCAGCUGCGGGCAUCACUAUCAUGGAGCUUGCCUGGACACUGCUCUGACUGCCCGCAAGCGUGCUGGCUGGCAGUGCCCUGAAUGCAAAGUGUGCCAAGCCUGCAGGAAGCCUGGGAAUGACUCUAAGAUGUUGGUCUGUGAGACAUGUGACAAAGGAUACCACACCUUCUGCCUGCAACCACCUAUGGAGGAACUUCCUGCUCAUUCGUGGAAGUGCAAGGCAUGCCGGGUAUGCCGAGCCUGUGGGGUGGGCUCAGCAGAGCUGAAUCCUGACUCAGAGUGGUUUGAAAACUACUCGCUCUGUCAUCGUUGUCACAAAGCCCAGGGAAGCCAGCCCAUCAGCUCUAUUGCUGAGCAACCUCCCCCAGUUUGCCACAGAUUCUCACCCCCAGAGCCUGGCGAUACCCCCACUGAUGAGCCCGAUGCUCUGUACGUUGCAUGCCAAGGGCAGCCAAAGGGUGGGCACGUGACCUCUAUGCAACCCAAGGAACCGGGGCCCCUGCAAUGUGAAGCCAAACCACUAGGGAGAGCAGGGGCCCAACUUGAGCCCCAGUUGGAUGCCCCCAUAGAUGAGGAGAUGCCACUGCUGCCCCCACCUGAGGAGUCACCCCUGUCGCCACCACCUGAGGAAUCACCUACAUCCCCACCGCCUGAGGCUUCUCGUCUCUCCCCGCUGCCUGAGGAAUCACCCCUCUCUCCACCUCCUGAGGAGUCUCCUCUGUCUCCCCCACCCGAGUCGUCACCUUUUUCCCCCCUGGAGGCGUCACCCUUCUCUCCUCCAGAGGAGUCCCCUCCAUCUCCCCCACUCGAGACACCUCUUUCUCCACCACCUGAAGCAUCACCCCUAUCCCCACCACUUGAAGAGUCUCCCUUAUCCCCACCUCCUGAGGCAUUACCUACUUCCCCACCACCUGAAGCCUCACGCCUGUCUCCACCACCUGAGGAGUCACCUAUGUCCCCACCACCUGAAGAGUCACCCAUGUCACCACCACCUGAGGCUUCUCGUCUAUUCCCUCCCUUUGAAGAGUCACCUCUGUCCCCACCACCUGAGGAGUCUCCUCUCUCCCCACCACCUGAGGCAUCUCGUCUGUCCCCACCACCUGAGGAUUCACCCAUGUCCCCACCACCUGAAGACUCACCUAUGUCCCCUCCACCUGAGGUAUCACGCUUAUCCCCCCUACCUGAGGUGUCACGCCUGUCCCCACCGCCUGAGGAGUCUCCUCUGUCUCCACCACCUGAGGAGUCUCCUACAUCUCCUCCACCUGAGGCAUCACGCGUGUCCCCACCACCUGAGGACUCACUCACAUCCCCAUCACUGGAAGACUCACCUGCUUCCCCAGCACCAGACAACGCACUCAUGUCCCUACCACUGGAGGAGUCACCCCUGUCACCACUGCCUGAGGAGCCUCCACUCUGUCCCCUGCUUGAGGAGCCACACCUGUCUCCUGUACCCAAGGAGCCUCAUCUGUCCCCUGUACCCAAGGAGCCUCAUCUGUCCCCUGCACCGGAGGAGCCUCAUCUGUCCCCUGCACCUGAGGAACCUCGUCUGUCCCCUGCACCUGAGGAACCUUGUCUGUUCCCUGCACCUGAGGAACCUCAUCUGUCCCCUGCACCUAAGGAACCUUGUCGGUCCCCUGCACCUGAGGAACCUCAUCUGUCCCCUGCACCUGAGGAGCCCCAGCUGUCCCCCGCACCUGAGGAACCCCAGCUGUCCCCUACACCUGAGGAGCCCCAGCUGUCCCCUGCACCUGAGGAGCCCCAGCUGUCCCCUGCACCUGAGGAACCUCAUCUGUCCCCUGCACCUGAGGAGCCCCAGCUGUCCCCUACACCUGAGGAACCUCAUCUGUCCCCCACACCUGAGGAACCUUCUCUGUCCCCUGCACCUGAGGAACCUCCUCUGUCUCCUGCACCUGAGGAGCCUUUUCUGUCCCCUGCACCUGAGGAACCUCCUCUGUCCCCUGCACCUGAGGAACCUGCCCUGUCCCCUGCACCUGAGGAACCCGCCCUGUCCCCUGCACCCAAGCAGCCAAGUCUGUCCCCUCAGCCUGAAAAGCCAUGCCUCUCCCCUAUACCUAAGGAGCUACAUUUGACUCCCCAGCCUGAGAAGUUGCACCUGUCCCCUCAGCCUGAGGAGACUCAUCUGUCCCCUCAGCCUGAGGAGCCCCAGCUGUCCCAUGUACCUGAGGAGUCAUGUCUGUCUCCACAACUUAAGGAGCUGCAACCAUCCCCCAAGUCUAAGGAGUCAUGCGUAGCCCCCCAGCCUGAGGAGUCGUGCCUGUCUCCCCAGCCUGAGGAACCACACCUUUCUCCUCAACCUGAAGAGCCCCCUGAGGAGCCAGGCCUGUGUCCUGCACCUGAGAACUUGCCCAUGUUCCUCCCGCCUGGAGAGCCACACUUAGGCCCCUUGCUCAGAGAGCUGGCCCUGUCUGAGCCUGGGGAACCACCUCUAUCCCCUCUGCCAGAGGAACUGCCAUUGUCCCCAUCUGAGGAGCCAGCCUUGUCACCUCAGCUGAUGCCUCCAGAUCCUCUUCCUCCUCCGCUCUCACCCAUCAUCACAGCUGUGGCCCCACCAGCCCUGUCUCCUUUGGGGGAGUUAGAGUACCCCUUUGGUGCCAAAGGGGAUAGUGACCCUGAGUCGCCAUUGGCUGCCCCCAUCCUGGAGACACCCAUCAGCCCUCCACCAGAAGCUAACUGCACUGACCCUGAGCCUGUACCCCCAAUGAUCCUUCCCCCAUCACCGGGUUCCCCAGUGGGACCUGCCUCCCCCCUCCUGAUGGAGCCCCUUCCCCCUCAGUGUUCUCCAUUUCUUCAGCAGCCCCUGCCUCCCCCUGCCUCCCAUCCUUCCCAGGGCUCUCCCCCCACUCUGCCACUAGCUCUUCCCUCCCCACUGAGCCCCAUGAAGAAAGCAACAGAAAUCUCAGAAGAGGCUGAGCCGUAUGAGAUGGAGAUUGAGAAAGUUCCAGAACCUGAGUGCCCAGCCUUGGAACCCAGCCCCACCAGUCCUCUCCCCUCCCCCAUGGGGAACCUUUCAUGCCCUGCACCUAGCCCUGCCCCCGCUCUGGAUGACUUCUCUGGCCUGGGGGAAGACACAGCCCCUUUGGAUGGGACUGACACUCCUGGUUCACAGCAAGAGGCUGGACAGGUCCCUGGCAGCUUGGCCAGUGAACUUAAGGGUUCCCCUGUGCUCCUGGACCCCGAGGAGCUGGCUCCAGUGACCCCUAUGGAGGUCUAUGGCCCAGAAGGCAAGCAGGCGAGGCAGGGCUCACCCUGUGAAGAGCAGGAGGAGCCACGCGCACCAGUGGCCCCCACCCCGCCCACGCUCAUCAAGUCUGACAUCGUUAACGAGAUCUCCAACCUGAGCCAGGGCGAUGCCAGCGCCAGUUUUCCUGGCUCAGAGCCCCUGCUUGGUUCUCCAGACCCCGAGGGGGGUGGCUCCCUGUCUAUGGAGCUGGGGGUCUCUACAGACGUUAGUCCAGCCCGAGAUGAGGGCUCCCUGCGACUCUGUACCGACUCUCUGCCAGAGACUGAUGACUCCCUAUUGUGUGAUGCCGGGGCAGCUCUUGGCGGAGGCAAAGCCGAAGGGGACAAAGGGAGGCGGCGCAGUUCCCCAGCUCGAUCCCGCAUCAAGCAGGGUCGCAGCAGUAGUUUUCCAGGAAGACGCAGACCACGUGGAGGGGCACACGGAGGACGCGGGAGAGGACGGGCCCGGCUAAAAUCAACUGCAUCUUCUGUUGAGACUCUGGUAGUUGCUGAUAUCGAUAGCUCUCCCAGCAAGGAGGAGGAAGAUGAUGAUGAUGACACCAUGCAAAAUACCGUGGUCCUCUUCUCUAAUACAGACAAGUUUGUCCUAAUGCAGGACAUGUGUGUGGUAUGUGGCAGCUUUGGCCGGGGGGCAGAGGGCCACCUCCUUGCCUGUUCCCAGUGCUCUCAGUGCUACCACCCUUACUGUGUCAACAGCAAGAUCACCAAGGUGAUGCUGCUGAAGGGCUGGCGCUGUGUAGAGUGCAUUGUGUGCGAGGUGUGCGGCCAGGCCUCGGACCCCUCGCGCCUGCUGCUCUGCGAUGACUGUGACAUCAGCUACCACACAUACUGCCUGGACCCUCCACUGCUCACUGUGCCCAAGGGUGGCUGGAAGUGCAAGUGGUGUGUGUCUUGUAUGCAGUGUGGGGCUGCCUCCCCCGGUUUCCACUGUGAAUGGCAGAACAGUUACACUCAUUGUGGGCCCUGUGCCAGCCUGGUGACCUGCCCCAUCUGCCAUGCCCCAUACGUGGAGGAGGACCUGCUCAUCCAGUGCCGCCACUGUGAACGGUGGAUGCACGCCGGCUGUGAGAGCCUCUUCACAGAGGAUGAUGUGGAACAGGCGGCCGAUGAGGGCUUCGACUGUGUCUCCUGCCAGCCUUACGUGGUAAAGCCUGCAGCACCUGUUGCACCUCCAGAGUCGGUGCCCGUGAAGGUCAAAGAGCCCGAGCCUCAGUACUUUCGCUUCGAGGGUGUGUGGCUGACAGAGACUGGCAUGGCAGUGCUUCGGAACCUGACCAUGUCACCCCUGCACAAGCGGCGCCAGCGGCGAGGACGGCCGGGUCUCCCUGGAGAGGCAGGGCUGGAAGGUUCUGAGCCCCCAGAUGCCCUUGGCUCUGAUGACAAGAAGGAUGGGGACCUGGAUGCUGACGAUCUGCUCAAGGGUGAAGGAGGUGUAGAGCACAUGGAGUGUGAAAUAAAACUGGAGGGCCCCGCCAGCCCCGAUGUGGAAGCUGGCAAGGAGGAGACCGAGGAAAGCAAGAAACGCAAACGCAAACCUUACAGGCCUGGCAUUGGUGGUUUCAUGGUACGACAGCGGAAGUCCCACACACGUGUGAAAAAGGGGCCUGCUGCACAGGCGGAGGUGUUGAGUGGGGAUGGGCAGCCCGACGAGGGUGAGACGGUGAUAGCUACUGACCUGCCCGCAGAGAGCUCCAUGGACCCAGGCUUAGCGGAUGGGGAUGAGAAGAAGAAACAGCAGCGGCGAGGCCGGAAGAAGAGCAAGCUUGAGGACAUGUUCCCUGCCUACCUGCAGGAGGCCUUUUUCGGGAAGGAGCUGCUGGACCUGAGCCGGAAAGCCCUUUUUGCAGUCGGGGUGGGCAGACCGAGCUUUGGACUAGGAGCCCCCAAAGCCAAGGGGGAUGGAGGCUCAGAUAGGAAGGAGCUGCCCUCCUUACACAAAGGAGAUGAUGGUCCGGAUGUUGCCGAUGAAGAGUCGCGUGGCCCUGAGGGCAAGGCAGACACACCAGGACCUGAGGAUGGGGGCGUGAAGGCAUCCCCAGUGCCCAGUGACCCUGAGAAGCCAGGCACCCCAGGUGAAGGGAUGCUUAGCUCUGACUUAGACAGGAUUCCCACAGAAGAACUGCCCAAGAUGGAAUCCAAGGACCUACAGCAGCUCUUCAAGGAUGUUCUGGGUUCUGAACGAGAGCAGCAUCUGGGUUGUGGUACCCCCGGUCUAGAUGGCAGCCGCACACCGCUGCAGAGGCCCUUUCUUCAAGGUGAUACAGGCGGGCUCCCUUUGGGCAGUCUCCCAUCCAGCAGCCCAAUGGACUCCUACCCGGGCCUCUGCCAGUCACCGUUUCUGGAUUCAAGGGAGCGCGGGGGCUUCUUUAGCCCGGAACCCGGUGAGCCAGACAGCCCCUGGACAGGCUCAGGGGGCACCACCCCCUCCACCCCCACCACCCCCACCACCGAGGGUGAGGGCGACGGGCUCUCUUACAACCAGCGGAGUCUGCAGCGCUGGGAGAAGGACGAAGAGCUGGGCCAGCUCUCCACCAUCUCACCUGUGCUGUAUGCCAACAUUAACUUUCCCAAUCUCAAGCAAGAUUACCCAGACUGGUCUAGCCGUUGCAAACAAAUCAUGAAACUCUGGAGAAAGGUUCCAGCUGCUGACAAAGCUCCCUACCUGCAACCUGGGCCGGAAGGGAUCAGCUUCUGGCAAAAGGCCAAAGAUAACCGGGCGGCUCACCGAAUCAGCAAGGUGCAAAAGCAGGCUGAGAGCCAGAUCAACAAGCAGACCAAGGUGGGGGACAUGGCCCGGAAGACUGACCGACCGGCCCUUCAUCUUCGCAUUCCCUCCCAGCCAGGGGCACUGGGCAGUCCGCCCCCUGCUGCCGCCCCCACCAUUUUCAUUGGCAGCCCCACUGCCCCUGCCGCCGGCUUGUCUACCUCUGCGGAUGGGUUCCUGAAGCCGCCGGCGGGCACAGUGCCUGGCCCCGACUCGCCCGGUGAGCUCUUCCUCAAGCUGCCACCCCAGGUGCCCGCCCAAGUGCCUUCGCAGGACCCCUUUGGACUGGCCCCCGCCUAUGCUCUGGAGCCCCGCUUCCCCACGGCACCACCCACCUACCCUCCCUAUCCUAGUCCAACUGGAGCCCCCUCACAGCCCCCAACGCUGGGUGCCUCAUCGCGUCCUGGGACUGGCCAGCCAGGGGAAUUCCACACUACUCCACCUGGUACCCCCCGACACCAGCCCUCCACACCCGACCCCUUCCUCAAACCCCGCUGCCCCUCACUGGACAACCUGGCUGUGCCUGAGAGCCCAGGGGUAGGAGGAGGCAAGGCUUCGGAGCCUCUGCUGUCGCCCCCACCAUUUGGGGAGUCUCGGAAGGCCCUGGAGGUGAAGAAGGAAGAGCUUGGGGCAUCUUCUCCUAGCUACGGAGCCCCAGGCCUGGGCUUUGUCGACUCACCUUCCUCUGGCCCUCACUUGGGCAGUAUGGAAUUAAAGGCGCCUGAUGUCUUCAAAGCCCCCAUGACCCCUCGGGCAUCUCAGGUAGAGCCCCAGAGCCCAGGCUUGGGCCUCAGGCCCCAGGAGCCGCCUCCCGCCCAGGCUCUGGCUCCCUCUCCCCCUGGUCACUCGGACAUCUUUCGCCCUGGCCCAUAUCCCGACCCCUAUGCCCAGCCCCCACUUACCCCUAGACCCCAGCCACCAGCCCCCGAGAGCUGCUGUCCCCUACCCCCACGCUCUCUGCCUUCUGACCCUUUCUCCCGAGUCCCCGCCAGCCCCCAGUCCCAAUCCAGCUCCCAGUCCCCACUGACACCCCGUCCCCUGUCUGCUGAGGCUUUCUGCCCCUCCCCUGUCACCCCUCGCUUCCAGUCCCCUGACCCUUAUUCCCGCCCACCCUCACGCCCUCAGUCCCGUGACCCAUUUGCCCCAUUACAUAAGCCACCCCGACCCCAGCCUUCUGAAGUUGCCUUCAAGGCUGGGCCCCUAGCCCACACUCCACUGGGGGCUGGGGGCUUUCCAGCAGCUCUGCCCUCUGGGCCAGGAGGUGAGCUCCAUGCCAAGGUCCCAAGUGGGCAGCCCCCCAAUUUUGCCCGGUCCCCUGGUACUGGUGCAUUUGUGGGCACCCCCCCUCCUAUGCGCUUUACCUUCCCUCAGGCUGUAGGGGAACCUUCCCUAAAGCCCCCCGUCCCUCAGCCCAGUCUCCCUCCACCCCAUGGGAUCAACAGCCAUUUUGGGCCUGGCCCUACCUUGGGCAAGCCUCAAAGCACAGAUUACACAGUAGCCACAGGGAACUUCCACCCAUCGGGCAGCCCCCUGGGACCCAGCAGUGGAUCCACAGGAGAGGGCUAUGGGCUGUCCCCACUACGUCCCCCGUCGGUCCUCCCACCUGCACCCGAUGGAGCCCUUCCUUACCUGUCCCAUGGAGCCUCACAGCGGGCAGGCAUCACCUCCCCAGUCGAUAAGCGAGAAGACCCAGGGGCUGGAAUGGGCAGCUCUUUGGCAGCACCUGAACUGCCAGGUAGCCAAGACCCCAGUAUGUCCAACCUGAGCCAGACAGAGCUGGAGAAGCAGCGCCAGCGCCAGCGGCUCCGGGAGCUGCUGAUUCGGCAGCAGAUCCAGCGCAACAACCUGCGGCAAGAGAAGGAAACAGCGGCGGCAGCUGCAGGAGCAGUGGGGCCUCCAGGCGGCUGGGGUGCUGAGGCCAGCGGCCCUGCCUUUGAGCAACUGAGUCGAGGCCAGACCCCCUUUUCUGGCACCCAGGACAAGAGUAGUCUUGUGGGGCUGCCCCCAAACAAGCUGGGUGGCCCUAUCCUGGGGCCUGGGACUUUCCCCACGGAUGACAGGCUCUCUCGGCCACCUCCACCAGCCACCCCUUCCUCUAUGGAUGUGAGCAGUCGGCAACUGGUGGGAGGUUCCCAAGCCUUCUAUCAGCGCGCACCCUAUCCUGGGUCCCUGCCCUUGCAGCAGCAGCAGCAGCAGCAGCAGCAGCAACUGUGGCAGCAGCAGCAGGCAACAGCAGCAACCACCAUGCGACUUGCCAUGUCUGCUCGCUUUCCAUCAUCAGCUCCUGGCCCUGAACUUGGUCGCCAGACCCUAAGUUCCCCCUUGGCUGGAAUUCCUCCACGCCUGCCUGGCCCUGGAGAGCCAGUGCCCGGCCCGGCCGGUCCUGCUCAGUUCAUCGAGCUACGGCACAAUGUACAGAAAGGACUAGGGCCUGGAGGGGCUCCCUUUCCCGGUCAGGGCCCCCCUCAAAGACCCCGCUUUUACCCUCUAAGUGAGGAUUCUCACCGACUGGCUGCAGAAGGACUUCGAGGCCUAGCGGUACCAGGCCUUCCCCCACAGAAACCAUCAGCCCCACCACCAGCUCCUGAACUGAACAACAGCCUCCACCCAGCGCCCCAGGCCAAGGGCCCCACAGUGCCCGCUGGCUUGGAACUGGUCAGCCGGCCUCCCUCGGGCACUGAGCUUGGUCGCCCUCCUCCACUGGCCCUGGAAGCUGGGAAGUUACCCUGUGAGGAUCCCGAGCUGGACGAUGACUUUGAUGCUCACAAAGCCCUAGAGGAUGAUGAGGAACUCGCUCACCUGGGCCUGGGUGUGGACGUGGCCAAGGGGGACGACGAGCUGGGCACCCUGGAAAACCUGGAGACCAACGACCCCCACCUGGAUGACCUGCUCAAUGGGGAUGAGUUUGACUUGCUGGCCUACACUGACCCUGAGCUGGACACCGGGGACAAGAAGGACAUCUUCAAUGAGCACCUGCGGCUGGUGGAGUCAGCCAAUGAAAAGGCUGAGCGUGAGGCCCUGCUGCGGGGAGUGGAGCCAGGACCCUUGGGUCCCGAGGAGCGCCCUCCCCCUGCUGCUGAUGCCGCUGAGCCCCGCCUGACAUCAGUGCUCCCUGAAGUGAAGCCCAAGGUGGAAGAGGGCGGGCGCCACCCUUCCCCCUGCCAGUUUUCCAUCACGGCCCCCAAGGCAGAGCCGGCAGCUGCUACGCCUUCCCUGGGCCUGGGACUGAAGCCCGCACAGAGCGGAGUGGGCAACCGGGACAGCCGAAUGGGCCCGGGACCCUUUCCCAGCAGUGGGCAAACAGCUGAGAAGGGCCCCUUUGGGACCACAGCAGGCCCCCCAGCUCACCUGCUCACCUCCAGCCCACUAAGUGGUCCAGGUGGGUCUACCCUGCUGGAAAAGUUUGAGCUAGAGAGUGGGCCCCUGACCUUACCCGGUGGACAUGCAGCCUCUGGGGACGAACUGGAUAAGAUGGAGAGCUCACUGGUAGCCAGUGAGUUACCCCUGCUCAUCGAGGACCUGCUGGAGCACGAGAAAAAGGAGCUGCAGAAGAAGCAACAGCUUUCAGCACAGCUGCAGCCUGCCCAACAGCCGCCGCAGCCGCAGCCGCAGCCACCGCCCCUGCUGUCUGCACCAGGUCCUGCCCAGGCCAUGCCUUUGCCACACGAGAACUCCGCUCCUGGCCUGGCUGGGCCCCAGCAGCAGCUUGCUCUGGGACUUGGAGGUCCUCGACAAUCUAGCUUGACCCAGCCACUGAUGCCCACCCAGCCACCCGCCCAUGCCCACCAGCAGCGCUUGGCUCCAUCCAUGGCCAUGGUGUCCAACCAAGGGCACAUGAUGAGUGGGCAGCAUGGGGGACAGGCAGGCUUGGUGCCCCAGCAGGGCCCACAGCCAGUGCUGGCACAGAAGCCCACAGGUACCAUGCCACAUUCCAUGUGCAUGAAGCCCCAGCCAUUGGCGAUGCCGCAGCAGCUGGCCAAUAGUUUCUUCCCGGAUACAGACCUGGACAAAUUCGCUGCCGAAGAUAUCAUUGACCCCAUUGCAAAGGCCAAGAUGGUGGCUUUGAAAGGCAUCAAGAAGGUGAUGGCUCAGGGUAGCAUAGGAGUGGCACCUGGUAUGAACAGGCAGCAAGUGUCCCUCCUAGCCCAGAGGCUCUCGGGGGGACCUGGAAGUGAUCUGCAAAACCAUGUGGCAGCUCGGAGUGGGCAGGAUCGGAGCACUGGAGACCCGUCUCAACCUCGUCCCAAUCCACCCACCUUUGCCCAGGGAGUGAUCAAUGAGGCUGACCAGCAGCAGUAUGAGGAGUGGUUGUUCCACACCCAGCAGCUCCUGCAGAUGCAACUGAAGGUGCUAGAGGAGCAGAUUGGUGUGCACCGCAAGUCCCGGAAGGCACUAUGUGCCAAGCAGCGCACUGCCAAAAAGGCUGGCCGAGAGUUCCCAGAGGCUGAUGCUGAGAAACUCAAGCUUGUUACCGAACAACAGAGCAAGAUCCAGAAGCAGCUGGAUCAGGUCCGGAAGCAGCAGAAGGAACACACUAAUCUUAUGGCAGAAUACCGGAAUAAGCAGCAGCAGCAGCAGCAACAGCAACAACAGCAGCAACAGCAGCACUCUGCAGUACUGGCCCUUAGCCCUUCCCAGAGCCCCCGGCUGCUCACUAAGCUCCCUGGCCAGCUUCUCCCUGGCCAUGGCUUGCAGCCACCACAAGGGCCCCCCGGUGGCCAACCUGGAGGUCUUCGCCUGCCUCCAGGCAGCAUGGCACUCCCUGGACAGCCCGGUGGCCCAUUCCUUAACACAGCCCUGGCCCAACAGCAACAACAGCAACAUUCUGGUGGGCCUGGACCCCUAGCAGGCCCUUCAGGGGGCUUUUUCCCUGGCAACCUUGCUCUUCGAGGCCUGGGACCUGAAUCGAGGCUUUUACAGGAAAGGCAGCUGCAGCUGCAACAGCAACGUAUGCAACUGGCCCAGAAACUACAGCAGCAGCAGCAGCAGCAGCAGCAGCACCACCUCCUUGGACAGGUGGCAAUCCAGCAGCAACAGCAGCAGGGCCCAGGGGUACAGGUGAACCAGGCUCUGGGUUCUAAGCCCCAGGGGCUUCUGCCUCCCAGCAGCCAUCAAGGUCUCUUAGUCCAGCAGCUGUCCCCCCAACCACCUCAGGGGCCCCAGGGGAUGUUGGGCCCUGCUCAGGUGGCAGUGUUGCAGCAGCAGCAGCAGCAGCACCCUGGAACUUUGGGCCCACAGGGCCCUCACAGACAGGUGCUUCUGACCCCAUCCCGGGUGCUGAGUUCUCCCCAGCUGGCACAGCAAGGUCAGGGCCUGAUGGGACACCGGCUGGUUGCAUCCCAGCAGCACCAACAACAGGGAUCUAUGGCAGGACUUUCACAUCUUCAACAGGGUCUAAUUACACACAGUGGGCAGCCCAAACUGAACACCCAACCCAUGGGCUCCUUACAGCAGCAGCAGCUUCAGCAGCAGCAACAGUUUCAGCAACAGCAGCUUCAGCAACAGCAGCAGCAGCAACAACAGCAGCUUCAGCAACAGCAGCAGCAACAACAACAACAGCAACAACAGCAGCAACUUCAGCAGCAGCAACAACAGCAGCAACAGCUUCAGCAACAGCAGCAGCUGCAGCAGCAACAGUUUCAGCAACAACAGCAGCUUCACCAGCAGCUCCAACAGCAGCAGCAGCUGCAGCAGCAGCAGCAGCACCUUCAACAGCAGCAACAGCAACUGCAACAGCAACAGCUUCAGCAGCAGCAGCAGCAGCUUCAACAGCAGCAGCAGCAGCAGCAGCAGUUUCAACAACAGCAACUUCAGCAGCAGCAGCAGCAACUUCAACAGCAACAACAACUGCAACAGCAGCAGUUUCAGCAGCAGCAGCAGCAACAGCAGAUGGGCCUCUUGAACCAGGGUCGAACUUUAUUAUCUCCACAGCAGCAGCAGUUGCAGCAGCAGCAGCAACAGCAGCAGCAGCAGCAGGUGACACUUGGCCCUGGCAUGCCAGCUAAGCCUCUUCAACACUUCUCUAACCCUGUAGCCCUGGGCUCAACCCUUCUGCUAAUGGGCAAGGAUCAAAGCAUUGUAGAAACACCCCUUCCACCAGAGGUCACUGAGGGACCCGCUACUCUUCAGGGAGGGCCAUUAGCAGUAGGGCCUAUACCUGAGUCAGUGGCCACUGAACCAGGGGAGGUAAAACCGUCACUUUCUGGGGAUUCACAGCUCGUGCUUGUCCAACCCCAGGCCCAGGCUCAGCCCAACUCUGUGCAACUGCAGCCACCAUUGAGGCUCCCAGGACAACAACAACAACAGCAGCAGCAGCAGCAGCAGCAGCAGCAGCAGCAGCAAGUUAACUUGCUUCACACAGCAGCUGUGGGAAACCAUGGGCAAACUGGCAGCGGAUCCUCUUCUGAGGUCUCAUCUGUGCCCCACCUAUUGGCCCACUCUUCUGUUUCCUUAGGGGAACAGCCUGGAUCUAUGACCCAGAACCUUCUGGGUUCCCAACAGCCCCUUGGACUAGAGCGGCCUGUGCAAAACAAUAUAGGACCGCCGCCUGCCAAACCAGGACCUGCCCCACAGGGCCUGCCUGGAGUUGGUGUCAUGUCCACAGUGGGUCAACUUCGAGCACAGCUCCAAGGAGUCCUUGCCAAAAACCCACAGCUGCGGCACUUGAGUCCACAGCAGCAGCAGCAACUGCAGGCACUCCUCAUGCAGCGGCAGCUGCAGCAGCAGCAGCAGCAGCAGAGCCAGGCAGUACGCCAGGCCCCACCCUACCCAGAGACUGUGACCCAGCCCUCUCCCCUCCAGGGCCUCCUAGGCCGCCAACCCCAACUUGGAGGCUUUCCUGGACCCCAGACAGGCCCCCUCCAAGAGCUAGGGGCAGGGCUUCGAUCUCAGGGCCCACCCCGGCUCCCUGCCCCACAAGGAGCCUUAUCCACAGGACCAGUCCUUGGCCCUGUCCAUCCCACACUUCCACCAUCCAGCCCCCAAGAGCCAAAGAGACCUUCCUCACAAUUACCUUCCCCAAACUCACAGCUCCCCUCUGACACCCAGCUCACCCCCAACCAGCCAGGGACCCCCAAACCCCAGGGGCCGCCCUUGGAGAUGCCUCCUGGGCGGGUCUCCCCUGCUGCUGCCCAGCUUGCAGAUACCUUUUUUGGCAAAGGGCUGGGACCUUGGGACCCCCCCGAUAACCUAGUAGAAGCCCAGAAGCCAGACCAGAGCAGCAUGGUACCUGGACAUCUGGAGCAGGUGAAUGGCCAGGUGGUGCCUGAAGCACCCAGCCUCAGCAUCAAGCAGGAGCCUCGGGAAGAACCGUGUGCCCUUGGAGCCCAGGCAGUGAAGAGGGAAGCCAAUGGAGAGCCAGUAGGGGCACCGGGUACCAGCAACCACCUCUUGCUGGCAGGCCCCCGCUCAGAGGCUGGGCAUCUGCUUUUGCAGAAGCUACUACGGGCAAAGAAUGUACAGCUUAACACUGGGCGGGGGCCUGAGGGCCUGCGCGCUGAGAUCAAUGGGCAUAUUGACAGCAAGUUGGCUGGGCUGGAGCAGAAACUGCAGGGUCCUCACAGUAACAAGGAGGACACAGCAGCAAGGAAGCCUUUGACACCGAAGCCCAAGCGGGUGCAAAAGGCAAGCGACAGGUUGGUGAGCUCGAGAAAGAAGUUGCGGAAGGAGGAUGGGGUCAGGGCCAGCGAGGCACUGCUGAAACAGCUGAAACAGGAGCUGUCCCUGCUGCCCCUGACGGAGCCUACCGUCACCGCCAACUUCAGCCUCUUUGCUCCCUUUGGCAGUGGCAGCCCAAUCAGUGGGCAGUGCCAGCUGAGGGGGGCCUUUGGAAGUGGUGCCUUGUCCACUGGCCCUGACUACUAUUCCCAGCUGCUUACCAAGAAUAACCUGAGUAACCCGCCGACACCACCCUCGUCGCUGCCCCCCACCCCACCCCCAUCGGUGCAGCAGAAGAUGGUCAAUGGUGUCACUGCAUCUGAGGAACUGGGGGAGCACCCCAAGGAUGCCACCUCUGCCCGGGAGACUGAAGGGACACUGAGGGAUGCUUCCGAGGUGAAGAGUCUAGACCUGCUGGCCGCAUUGCCUACACCCCCCCACAAUCAAACUGAAGAUGUCAGGAUGGAGAGUGAUGAGGACAGUGAUUCUCCUGACAGCAUUGUGCCAGCUUCGUCCCCUGAGAGCGUCCUGGGGGAGGAGGCCCCUCGUUUCCCUCAACUGGGCUCAGGCCGGUGGGAACAGGAUGACCGGGCCCUCUCCCCUGUCAUCCCCAUCAUUCCUCGAGCCAGCAUACCUGUCUUCCCAGAUACCAAACCUUACGGAGCCCUGGACCUGGAGGCCCCUGGAAAGCUGCCUGCCACAAAUUGGGAAAAAGGCAAAGGGAGUGAGGUGUCAGUCAUGCUGACGGUCUCUGCCGCUGCAGCCAAGAACCUGAAUGGUGUGAUGGUGGCAGUGGCAGAGCUGCUAAGCAUGAAGAUCCCCAGCUCCUACGAGGUGCUGUUCCCUGAGAGCCCUGCCCGAGUGGGCACUGGGCCUAAGAAGGGGGAAGCUGAAGGCCCUGGUGGGAAAGAAAAGGGCCUGGGAGGCAAGAACCUCGAAGCUGGCCCAGAUUGGCUGAAGCAGUUUGAUGCAGUGCUGCCUGGCUAUACCCUCAAAAGCCAGCUGGACAUCUUGAGCCUCCUGAAACAGGAGAGCCCCGCCCCUGAGCCGCCCACCCAGCACAGCUACACCUACAACGUCUCCAACCUGGACGUGCGACAGCUCUCUGCUCCGCCUCCUGAAGAGCCCUCCCCACCCCCAUCCCCUUUGGCACCCUCUCCUGCCAGCCCCCCUGCUGAGCCCAUGGUUGAACUCCCAGUUGAACCUUCGACUGAGCCACCACUCCCCUCACCUCUGCCACUGGCCUCAUCCCCUGAGGCAGCCAGGCCCAAGCCCCGGGCCCGACCCCCUGAAGAAAGUGACGAUUCCCGGCCCCCUCGUCUCAAAAAGUGGAAAGGGGUGCGCUGGAAGCGACUGCGGCUGCUGCUGACCAUCCAGAAGGGCGGUGGGCGGCAAGAGGACGAGCGGGAAGUGGCAGAGUUCAUGGAACAGCUUGGCACCGCCCUGCGACCCGACAAGGUGCCCCGAGACAUGCGGCGCUGCUGCUUCUGCCACGAGGAGGGUGACGGGGCCACCGACGGGCCUGCCCGCCUGCUGAACCUGGACUUGGACCUGUGGGUGCACCUCAACUGUGCCCUGUGGUCCACAGAGGUCUAUGAGACCCAGGGGGGGGCCCUGAUGAAUGUGGAGGUCGCCCUGCACCGAGGACUGCUAACCAAGUGCUCCCUGUGCCAGCGCACUGGUGCUACCAGCAGCUGCAAUCGCAUGCGUUGCCCCAACGUCUACCACUUUGCCUGUGCCAUCCGCACCAAGUGCAUGUUCUUUAAGGACAAGACCAUGCUGUGUCCGAUGCAUAAGAUCAAGGGGCCCUGCGAGCAGGAGCUGAGUUCUUUCGCUGUCUUCCGGCGGGUGUACAUCGAGCGGGAUGAGGUGAAGCAGAUUGCCAGCAUCAUCCAGCGGGGAGAGCGGCUGCACAUGUUCCGCGUGGGGGGCCUCGUGUUCCAUGCCAUCGGGCAGCUGCUGCCCCACCAGAUGGCCGACUUCCACAGUGCCACCGCCCUCUACCCCGUGGGCUAUGAGGCCACGCGCAUCUACUGGAGUCUCCGCACCAACAACCGCCGCUGCUGCUACCGCUGCUCCAUCGGCGAGAACAACGGGCGGCCGGAGUUCAUGAUCAAAGUCGUUGAGCAGGGCCUGGAGGACCUGGUCUUCACGGACGCGUCUCCCCAGGCCGUGUGGAAUCGCAUCAUCGAGCCGGUGGCUGCCAUGCGAAAAGAGGCUGACAUGCUGCGGCUCUUCCCCGAGUACCUGAAAGGCGAAGAGCUCUUUGGGCUAACGGUGCACGCUGUGCUUCGCAUAGCUGAAUCACUGCCUGGAGUGGAGAACUGUCAGAACUAUUUAUUCCGCUAUGGACGUCACCCCCUGAUGGAGCUGCCACUCAUGAUCAACCCCACAGGCUGUGCCCGCUCAGAGCCUAAAAUCCUCACACACUACAAACGCGUUUUCACAUCCAUUAUCUCAUUUGAUCCUCACAACAACCUUAUGAGGCCGCACACCCUGAACAGCACCAGCAUGUCCAAGGCGUACCAGAGCACCUUCACAGGCGAGACCAGCACCCCGUACAGCAAGCAGUUUGUGCACUCCAAGUCGUCUCAGUACCGGCGGCUGCGCACCGAGUGGAAGAACAAUGUCUACCUGGCCCGCUCCCGAAUCCAGGGCCUGGGGCUCUAUGCCGCCAAGGACCUAGAGAAGCACACCAUGGUCAUCGAGUACAUUGGCACCAUCAUCCGCAACGAGGUGGCCAACCGGCGGGAGAAAAUCUAUGAGGAGCAGAAUCGAGGCAUCUACAUGUUCCGAAUUAACAAUGAGCAUGUGAUCGAUGCUACGUUGACCGGAGGCCCUGCCAGGUACAUUAACCAUUCCUGUGCCCCUAACUGUGUGGCGGAAGUUGUAACCUUUGACAAGGAGGACAAAAUCAUCAUCAUCUCCAGCCGGCGAAUCCCCAAAGGAGAGGAGCUGACCUAUGACUAUCAGUUUGACUUUGAGGACGAUCAGCACAAGAUCCCCUGCCACUGUGGAGCCUGGAAUUGCCGGAAAUGGAUGAACUAAGAAGCUUUUGAGGCUACCAGGCAGGGGAGCCCCCCCACCCCCAACCUCUUCCCUGCAAGGGAUGAGGGGGGAGAGAGGUAGCAGCCAGGGCCAGGACCCAGGGCUGGGGCUGCCGGCUGACCGGAGCCCCUGGAGCAGGAAGCUGGGGCAGAGGGCCCUAGGCCAAGCCCCCCCUGGGCACCAAGGACAACUCUCUUCCCCGCCACUGGCCCCCAGGCUGGCAUCUCUGCCCCCAGCUCCAGAAGGGGCCAGCUAGAAGCAGCCAUUGGGCAUCUCAGGUUUGAGGGGGAUAUGGGCCGGGAACUACCCAGAAGCUUCUGGGAGGCAGCAGGGAGAGGGGAGGAGGAUGUGCGGCCGGGCCUCACAGCUCUGCUGCUCCCGCCGACCUCUCCGGCCCAACUCAAGGCUGCAAAGAGACUUGACUAAGCUUGACAAUCCCAAAGGCCGGGUCUCACACCUGGCCCUGCCUGCCGGGUCCUGCCCCCGCCCCCACCCCCACCCCUUCCCCCUCGAUCUGUCUCUGUCUCCCUCUUCUCCUCUGUGUUUCUGUCUCUCUGUGGGUUGUGUUUCCUUGUUUUCACUCUGACAAAUGCAACAUGAACGGGAAAGAGGCACCCAGCCGCCCAGGAGGGCAAGCUAGGCAAGCCGGGCAAGGAGACCCCGCACCCACACCUACCUCAUUUAAGUGUUGGAUUUUUUGCUGUUUUGAAAUGUGAGACCCUCUCCAAGCCCCCUGCUGCCCCAACCCUCUCCCCCACCUCACUGCCCUCUUCUGAGUGGGUGGAAGGGGGUUAGGAGGAGGAAAAAAGAAAAAAAAAAAAAAACACAACAACAAAAAAUCCAUCUUUGUUUUGAAUUACGGGCAUGGGAUGGUGGUUGAGGCUGGUGAUGAAGAUGCUCUAGGACCUCCCUUCUCCAUCUGGACAUGGGGGCAGGAGGGGUGCUGAACCUAGGACCAGGAAGGAUAUCUGCCUCCUGUUUCCCCAGCCCCAUCAUAAGCCCAUUUGCCCUCCAGCCCCUGGAUGGGGUGGGUGGGUGCUAGGGUGAGGGCAGUCCCUGAGUGGCAUGCCCAUACCCAGUGAGGCAGAGUGUGGCCCGGAGCUCCCACUUGCCCUCAGUCACCAAACUGCUGCUGGUCUGGUGGGAAGGGGUGGUGAUGUGGGGGUGGGGGAGCUUAGUGUCAGCGCGGGGAGGGUGGGGGGUAUUUAUCUAUUUAUACAUGGGAUUGUACAUAGUCUUGUGGGGCAUGGGGGAGCCGGCUGGAGGUGAGAACCCUCCCCUCUUCCCCCCAACCCCCCCCGGGGAGAGCAAAUGUAAAACUACUAAUUUUUGUGCUUUAUAUAUUCUAUAUAAAUAUAUCUAUUUUCUUUUUACAAAACCAGUUUAUAAAUGGUAGGGGACGUGGGGCGGACACAUGGAGCUCCCCUUGUGGGGGAGCCCCUCCAUUACCCAACCUACCGCCCUUUUCCUCACCCCCUCCUCCCCACCCCCCUGGCUGUGACUGCUGUAAGGUGGGGGUACAGAGGCUGGGCGAUUCUCACCCCCUGUUGUAUAGUUGGACUACGUUGUAACGCACAAAAGUGAGCUGGCCCCAGGGGAGCCAGAGGGUGAUGAGUUCCCUGCUUCUUUUUCCUUCCCUUUCUGCCCAAGCUUGUGCUGCAGUUGAACCUCUUCCUAGGGCUAGGGAUAGGGGUGGGUCAGGGGAUGGGUGAGACCCCAGACCCUUCUCUGGUAGGGAGCCAUGGGGACAUAGUUGAAGCUUAUAUGCAGUUCUCUCCUAGGGGCUGUGGGCAAAGGGCAUUUUGUAAUAUUUUCAAGAAUCAAAUGUCUGGAGUGUAGGGGUGGGCUCGGUGGAGGUGGAUGGACAGAACUGCUGGAGGAGGAGCACGGUCACUGUUGUGAUUUUAGGUUUGUUUUUGUUUUGUUUUUGAAUUUGGGGGGUUGCAGAUUGAUGGGGGUAGGGAGGUGUUUUUUUUUUUUUUUAAGCUGCUUCCUCAACUAUUUCAAGCUGCAAAUGUUUAAUAACACACACACACACACACACACACACACAAACCACUGUAAUUCAAUCAGACAGUGGGGAGACUGGGCUGCUGCCCCCAAAGCCAUUGGAUGUUCCUUUUCCAAGAACAAACAACAAAAAGUCUAGGCUACCAGGAGAGGGAGGUUGGCUUCAGCAAGUCAGGCUCUGGUUGGGGCUUGUGCCCUGGGAUUAGGAAAAGGGGUCGGGGCAGACUUUGUAAGCAUACGCGCUAGGUAUCCGAAUAGUCGUGUAGUUUAGUGAAGAAAUCUUAUACAGUUUUUAAUUUUUAUAUAAACUAACUCAGACCCAAGCUACAAGGUUGGAAUUUUGGUUGUUGGUUGUUUUUUUUUUUUUUAAGUACCCCGCCUGUAAAAUUGCAUCAGGAUCCCCACCCCCACCCCGUGUCUGUAUUUUGGGUUGGUUUACACUUGCACAUACUCCAUUUUCAGUUUUCCCCUUUCCAGUCUUCUCCCCCCUCACCUCCAGGACCCUCCCCCCCUUUUUAAAAAAAUAAAUCGCUGACAAGUGUGAAUCCGUGAAGACUUUCUUUUGUGUUGUGUGUAUCCUGUACAGCAAGGUUGGUCCUUCGUAACAACGGAUGAAAUGAUUACCUUUUUUAAAGCGCCCUCUCUCCCUCCACCCCCAGCGCCCCUGUCCUUGGCAUGUUUUGUAUCAGCGAUCAUUCUGAACUGUACAUAAUUUAUGUUGCAAGAGGCAAAGGGCAAGUUUUGAAUUUUGCUUCUUCCAAGUUUGUUUUUAAACGACAAAUAAAAAAAGAACAUUUUAAAUACAA